GUCACCGCAGCCGAGCGAUCCAAACAGCCCCGCCGCGGACGGCGACUCCGUGCUGUCAGCGCCUUCCUCCUCCCCAACCCACUCCAGCCUCACGGCCGCCCUACGUCAGCGCCCACCCGGCGCACGCGUCCCCCUUGCGCCGAUGCCCACCUUCCCGGCUGGGAGGCGGGUGGGAAGCGUCCGUGCGCCCCGACCGGUGGGGCUGUCCCGCUCCGCUGCCCACAGCUGACAUGGCGGCCGCAGCGCCUCCCGCGGCCGCGGCGCAGCCGGCAGCGGCGGCCCUUCCUCGGCCGGCCCGCAGCAGGGCGGUGGCGGCGGCGGCUUCCGGCGAACCCCUCUUGCCUUCAAUAAAGAUGGUGCUCCCCGCGCAGGCUCCUGGGGCGCCGGGGCGCCCGGUGUAGUUCCGCACUUCCCUCUUGUUGCCAGAUGGAUGCCAGAGACAAGCAGCUUUUACGCUCCAUGCGCCUGGAACUCUGCACGGAGGUGCUGGUGGAUGGAAUUGUUAUUCAGUAUCUCUAUCAAGAAGGGAUCCUGACAGACAGUCAUGUUGAAGAAAUAAAAUCUCAAACCACCAGUCAGAGGAAAACUAUGAUGCUCCUUGAUAUUCUCCCCACCAGAGGACCCAAGGCUUUUGAUGCUUUCUUGGAUUCCUUACAGGAGUUCCCAUGGGUUAAAGAGAAACUGAUGGUGAAGCGUAAGGAAAUGACGAUACAAAAUCCUGCAGAUGUAACUGCAAUUGCACCGUGUAUUUUGAAGGCGUCACCAACAGAUCAGCAGCUGAACAAGCUUGCCAGGAGACUGGGAGCAGAAUGGGAGCACAUAGUUCUGUGCUUGGGUCUGUCUCAUACUGACAUCUAUCGAUGUAAAGUCAAUCACCCUCACAACCUGCAGUCACAGAUUGUAGCUGCCUUUGUCCUGUGGAGACAGCGUUUGGGGAGCAAAGCAACAAUCCAAAGUCUGCAAGCUGGCCUGAUGGCAGAAGAAGUGGAUCCUUCUGUGCUACAGUACAUGCUUGACUGAAGCCUUGCUGUCGAUUGGGAACUUUCAAGUAUUUUGUUAAAUAAUGAGGAUUCACUGAAAUGUAUGUUGAAGAUGUGACACUUCAAACUAGAAAAAAAUGAGGUUGGGAAACUGUGGUUUUAUUACUCUUAAACGUUCCAGUUCUCUGUGACAUCUUGUGACUUGUAAUUCUUUUCAUGCCAGAUUAAUUUUUAGCAGGCAUUAAAAAAUGGAUCACUCUUUCCUCUUUGCUUUUGUACUAUUCCAGUGGGGAUAUAGGGUGACACUUAAAGUCCUUGCAAGCAGGAGGCCCUGCAGUGAGUUCAGCAAGGUUUCUGGUUUCAUUGCAGGAGCAACACUUGGUUUAACCUAUUUUCUUGACUAUGUAGGAGCCUUUUUUAAAUGCUGUUCCAUGCUAGUUCCCUGACAUCCCAGCAAGAAAAGAGAAUAAUCACUGUUACUAAUUUAACAAUUUUACAACAGUUAUUGCAGGUGGCCAAUUCCACAUUUGUAAAAGUUUUAGCAUGUAGAGUUUCUUGCUAGAAUAGGUGGCUGCCACCUUAGUCAGCCUUUGAAAUUGUCUUUAAGUAGAAGUAACAGGAACCUUGUGUGCCUGCGAGGGUUUCUUUCGUUAUUAUUUAAUGGGUAUAGGUUUCUGUGUACCAUCUCAGGGAAGAUAAGCAGGAGAAGAGUGACCAAAAGAUAGACAAGCACAGGCCAGCAGAGCGAGAAGGGGCCUAUAAAAUGAUACAACUUUUAAGGUGUCUGCAUUUGUCUCUGCCAAUAAACUGGGAGAUAACCUGGUGUCUGCUGAGACUUUGUACUGUGAUCUGGAUCCAGGCAAUCUUGUUUCACAGAAGUUUUACUCUUAGGUUACAUGCACAUAAACACCUUUCUCUGACUACCACAUGCCCAACAGGUUACUGAAGCGUGCAGCUCCUUUCUGGUCAAGAUGAACUCCUCACUGCUCUCCCUCCUGCUUGCACCAUCCACCAGGCUCUUUUGUUUUCAGCCAGCUUUUCUAUACCUCACAGGGGCAGUUUCAACACUCCUGCCCCCAUUUCUUUGUCAGCUGUAAUUGUAACACCUGUGAUAAUUAGACUUUAUCCAGAAGAACAAUAAAACUUGGGCUUUUCUCCUCCUUUCCUACUGUCAAGGAGAUUUUCUUUCUCAUGAAGGAAAACACUGAAGUUUUUGCUGCCCAGGUAAGUGGGCAUCGGUUCACAGGGUAUGUCUCCAAAUGCAAUGGAAGUGACCAACUGCUCUCUGAAGCCUGAUGAUCAGAGGCAGAACACGUUUUAAUUCUCCCUGAGCAGUUUGCUGUACAAAAAAAAUGAGUAACAAACCUUGGAUGCAGGGUUUCCAGGCCUAUUUAUGAGCAAGUUACA